AGAGGGUGUGUACUCAGGGGUUAGCUAGUCCUAGUUCGAUCUCGCUCAAGAACACGAUGAACACAGCCAACGGCGGAACCAGGGGGGCUAGCAGGGGCCGUGGCCCCCCCAACGAUGCAAAAAAAAUUUAACACCCCCUGUUGUUUGGAAGCCCAAUGUCCAGUUAGCAACUCAGCCCACGUUGCAAUCCCUAGUAGAUAGCCCAAACAAACAACGAGCUGCAAGCGGACGCCGCCGCAACGGUCUGCAGACUCGCGGACGCCGCCGCAGCCAGGCGCGCCGCACGGUGGCAGCGGCACAACCGGGCGCCGGCCGCCGCCAUGGCUAUUGGCUCGCCCUCCCCGCCGGCAGGUGAAAUCGCGAGCCUCGACGACGCCGGGCCGGAGCAUCGUGCGGAGGUAGAAGGCAACCUGCAGCAGCAGCAGGCACCCUGCACGCCUAAGGAAAUCACGGCUAAGCCAAAAAGAAAGACACAGACACUUCUUUCAUUUUACAAGAAGAUUGAAGGUGCAGUUGGGGAUCUACAAGUACAAGGGCAGCAAGAUGAUUUGGCCGAUCAGGAUCAGAACCCUCAAUCUAAUGAAAAUGUUGUACUUGAAGAUGAGGCUCCAAGCAGGCAACGAUCUCCUAAAGUUCAGAGACUCAAUUCAGAUGCAAGUGUUUUGGUAGUCGAGCGUGAUCCAGGUUUACGCUGCCAAAUUUGGGAGUAUCCUGUUGAUGAACAAGAUGAAGCUCGCAGAAUAUACAUGAUGCAUGGUCCAUACCAUUUUCUCAUGGAUGAGUACCCUCUUUCUGGUUCAAAGAAACACCCACGCAGGUUUCAGGCUCAUUGGUUCAAAUCUUUUCCAUGGUUAGAGUAUUCACCAGACAAAGAUGCAGCUUUCUGCUUUCCUUGCUAUUUGUUUUCCAAGAAGCCAUCUGGAAGAGCAGGAUCUGAUGCAUUCACUGUGAAAGGGUUCAGGUCUUGGAAGAAAGUAAAUGAAGGAACAAAGUGUGCAUUUUUAUCUCACAUGGGAAGUGACUGCAAUUCUGCUCAUAGUUACAAUGUCAAAUGUUUUGAUAAUCUGCAGAAUCAAUCUGGUCAUAUUCGAAAUGUGUUCAAGAAGCAAACCAAUGAAGAUAUCAGAAGGAAUAGGCUUCGUCUUAGAGUAUCAAUUGACACAGUCCGAUGGUUAGCAUUCCAAGCUUGUGCUUUUCGUGGACAUGAUGAAUCUCCUACCUCCAAGAACCAAGGUAAUUUCCUUGAAAUGGUCAAACUUCUAGCUGCAUAUGAUGAGGAAGUUAAGGCUGUUGUACUAGGAAAUGCUCCAGGGAAUGCUAAAUAUACAUCACCAAAAAUUCAGAAGGAAAUCCUAAAUAUGAUGGCUUGCAAUGUGCAAAAGGCAAUUCGUACUGAAAUUGGUGAUGCAAAGUUUUGCUUGAUAGUAGAUGAAUCAAGAGAUGAAUCAAGAAGAGAACAAAUGGCACUUGUUGUUCGUUUUGUUGACCAAGAGGGAUUUAUUCGAGAACGCUUUCUCGAUAUUGUUCAUGUUCAUGAUACAACAUCUGCAACUCUUAAACAAGAAUUGUGCUCUGUGUUAUCUUUUCACAAAUUGGAUGUCCACAAUAUUCGGGGGCAGGGGUAUGAUGGUGCUAGUAACAUGCGUGGAGAAUGGAAUGGACUACAAGCAAAAUUUGCUGCAGACUGCCCUUAUGCGUACUAUGUCCAUUGUUUUGCUCACCAAUUACAAUUGGCUCUGGUUGCUGCAUCCAAAGAAGUACUUGAGGUUCAGAAUUUUUUUGAACAUCUUUCUUUUGUUGUCAAUACUGUUGUGUCUUCUAGUAAGAGAAAUGAUGACCUUCAUGCCAAUCAAGUAGCUGAAAUGGAACUUUUGGCUGAACUUAAUGAGCUUGAAACUGGAAGGGGAGCUAAUCAAAUUGGGACUUUAAAGCGGUCUGGUGAUACUAGAUGGAGCUCACAUUAUGAUUCUGUGUGCAGCCUAAUAAAAUUGUAUAAACCCACAUUCUUGGUCCUCAAGGACAUUGCUAAUACUAAAGGUCCAGGAACUUCACAAACAGUAAGAGGGAAGGCUGCUGGUGCUGUUACAUUGAUGAUGUCAUUUGACUUUGUAUUUAUUUUGCAUCUUAUGAAAGAACUGAUGGGAAUCACAGAUUUGCUUUGCAAGAAGUUACAGCACAAGUCUCAAGAUAUUGUGAAUGCUAUGGAUGAUGUCGCCACCACAAAGAAGUUGCUUCAAAACUUGAGAGAGCAUGGUUGGGACAAUCUAAUUAGUGAUGUGAUAUCUUUUUGCAUGAAACAUGAAAUUGCUUAUCCAAACAUGGAAGACUUCUAUGCAGACUUCAUUCGAUCUCGUGCAGCUAAUGAGACUACAGUUGAGCAUCACUACAGAUAUGAUGUUUUUACAGUUGCAAUUGAUCAACAGGCACAAGAAUUGAAUUGCAGGUUUAGCGAACAAGCAACAGAGCUUCUCAUGUUGUGUACUUCUUUGGAUCCUAGGGAUUCAUUUAGUUUAUUCAACAUUGAUAAUGUGUGCACUCUAGCUUCAAAGUUCUAUCCUGCUGACUUUUCAGAGCAAGAAAGAAGAACCUUGAGAUGUCAGUUACGGCAUUAUGAGCAUGAUGUACCUACUAAUCCAAAGUUUCAGAAUUUGACAAGUGUAGCUGAUCUCUGUCGGCGACUUGUAGAAACUAAGAAGGCAGAAGAUUAUUAUUUGAUUGAUAGAUUGAUUCGUCUUGUUCUUACUCUACCUGUUUCUACUGCAACGACAGAGCGUGCAUUUUCAGCAAUGAAACUUCUCAAGACAAGACUUCGCAACAAAAUGGAAGAUGAAUUUCUAAGGGAUUGCAUGUUAAUCUAUAUUGAGAGGGAGAUUGCUAUUAAGUUCACGACAGAUGCAAUUAUUGAUGAUCUCUAUGCGAAGAAGAACCGCAAAGUUCGACUAAAAUGAAAUCGUUUGUUUUCACUAACCCACCUUUUUGUAAAGUGUAGCUAGCUUUUGUAAUAUGGUUCCUAGCUGCAUGAAUGAACAAUGAAAAUUUGGUGUCAACUGUCAAGUACA